GUGGCUUCCUUUCUUUGCUUCUGUGUGCUGAAGGUCCCGGAGUGUCGUAUACGACCAGAAUCCUCUUCACUGUUGCAGCUCACUACGAAAGACAAGUGGUAUCCAUCGUAUGCAUUACUCUGUACAACUAAAAAGUUAGACGUGAUACCAUGGGGAAAGCUAAGCAGAGGGACCAGCCAGGAAAGUUGAAGAUAGGAACCAGUAAAGGGAAAGGAACAGGACCGACAAUGAAAGUCUUCAAAGUAUCUAAUCAUAAAGUAGUGAAAUCGCAACAGAUGAAAGCAAAGUCAGUUUCAACUAAUUUAAAAAGGUUAAAUCUACAGAACAAAGCCCAAGUGAAAAGCAACAAUGAUAAAUUUGUCCAACUCCAACAACAAACUGCGCAGACGAAGAAACAAGAGCCACAUAGCGCAAAACCAAAGAAUCCAAUUAUUGAUGAACUAACGCAAUCUGUGAACAUGGAAGAAGCAGUAGAAGGAUUUGCAAAGUUGUGAAAUGAGUGAUUUGUUGGAUGGUUGCAGUGGACAAACGGAUUGCGUAGCAUUGCUCUUAAAUCGUGUUCAUUUAAAUUUCACUAACAUUCAAAUGGAAGAUGAACUAAUUAAAAUCAAUUGGGAGUAUUCUUGAACGAUAUCCAAUAAUCGAAAAUAAACUCAGGGACGCAGUAAAACGUUAGAAAAUUGCUUUAUGUGUGGUGUACAUUUAAUGCAACAGUUAAACAAUAAUAUGCGUUUCAAUAUUUCAAAAUACUCUUUGAUUUGCAUUAUGCGAUUCCAUAUUUUAAGUUGAAGAAUACAAUGAGGCAUCGUAUGAUGGAUGUAAAAUAUGAAGAGUAAUUUAUCAAGUAGUUUCUUGGUAUGAGCAAUUGACAAAUCUCAUUUUAUUUAGUUAAGAAUUUUAUUUUAUAUUUUUGUUGCUUUUUGGUCACAAUAUAUUAUUUUGUUUACGUUUAGAUGCAUCGUUCGGUUACGUGUGACACUGUUUUAAAAGUUUUACCCAAUAAAUAUUGUAUUAUACAGUGUUAGUAUAAUACAAAGUGAAACUAAUGAUAUCACUGAAGUGAUAGUAAAGUUUUAAUUAGGUAGAAGUUUGGUUUGCAUCAACUGUCUUCACUGAAGCAGGGGUGGAUAUGAAUGUUUUACAUUUAGGCCUACGAGCAAUCUACUUUGGAUGAAUAAAUAUUACUUAGAUCUACCCCUUCCCUAUUUAGCCAAAAAUAUCUUGGCAUCGAGUUUUACAAGGGGAAGGCUCAGUUUUGGGAUAUAUGUUGAUGGGUGAUGUGGAGGAGGGUGGACUUGCCACGUAGUUAGCUUCAAUUUUAUACAAUUUUUAGAGAUAUAGCUAAGGUAACAAUUACUUUUAAAAUAGUAGGGGUGAGGGCGUUGUCAGCUGGUCUUUUCUUGAAUCUGCCCCUGACUACCUCCAUACCAUCCCUAAUUUGUUUUUAGCAUUCACUUAUUAUGAAAGACAAAGGAAAUUCAACCAAUACAUUUUAAAGUCUGUUCAUAUAUUUGGUUUAUUUCAUAAAUACCAGAAUUCAUAAUUUGUA